AUGUCUUCCGCUGCCCUUGCCGCCGCCGCCGCCUCGGCCUCUUCCAACGCCACCGCCGCGUCGGCCCAAGCACCGUCCUCCGUCGUCGCUCCUUCGUCGCCCUUCCUGGCGUCUCGUCCGCCGGCUACGGCCUGGCGGCAGCCCCCCGCCAGCUCCCCGAUUGGAUCGAGUGGGACGGGUGACCUGCCUCCGCCGAUCGCAUCUGGCGAGCCUUCCUCGACCAUAGCUUCUGGGCCGCCGGGGUUUCAUGGUCCUGCACCCACGUAUGGUGCGCCUCCCCUGUCACUCCCCGGCGCUCCCUGGUAUGGCGCCCCGCUGCCGUCUUCGUCUGCCUGGCCGGCGCCCUAUGGCGCGUCACCGGUGCCGGCCUACGCUGGGCCGUCGCACCCCCAGCCCUAUGGGGUGCCGCCGUCCUCGCCGGUCUCUGUGCCCCCGGAGCCCCGCCUGGCUUGGGUGCUGGCUCCGCUGCUGCUGGUGCCUACCCCUCGUCGCCAUAUGCUGGUGCACCACCGGCGCUCGCCUCCAACCCGGAGACGGAUCCUGUGA